AUGGAACCAAACAACAUACCUGUCGUAGCCAAAAGAUUCUGGAAUUUAGUAAGGGGUGUUUGGUUGGUUUUAAGGAAAGGAAUUUCCAAACCAAAACUCCUAAUGCUCGAUCUAAAUGUCAUGGUUAAACGAGGUAAGUUAGCCGGAAAGAACAUGAUGCACAACAUCAUCUCCCACCAUCAUCACCACCACCACCAUGCCUCCCCCGAACCGCGUCUUCCAGCCGACGAGUACGAGUUCAGCUGCAGCGACACUCCGGCACAUCGCGCUUCAUUCCCAUUCGCAUUCCACCUCAAUAACUAUAAGCGCAAGCAACAUGGUACAGGAAACUUCUUCGGAUCAUGCGCACACGCGCCACAAACUAACGAUCAAGAUUUUGAUGACGUGAUUGACGGAGAGCUCAGCGAGGCGCUUGCUAGCUCUCCGUCUGUGGCGGCUUUUCUUCAAAGCCCGGGUGUUAGUGAAAUGAUGUAUGGGUGUUAUAGCGAGGCACCUUCGCCGGCACUACCGGGGUUUGGUAGAACUCCAGUGGUUAGACAAUUGAGGGUAACUGAUUCGCCUUUUCCAUUGGGUGAUAUUGAAGAGAAUUGUCUAGUUGAUGCGGCGGCGGAGGAAUUCAUUGGGAAAUUUUAUGAACAGUUGAGGAAACAAAAUGGAAAGGGACGAAAGUAA